AUGGCUUGGGAAGGAGGAAUCGAGCCCAAUGGCACAGAGGGCAAGAACUUCUACAUUCCCAUGUCCAACAAGACUGGGAUUGUUAGAAGUCCUUUUGAAUACCCACAGUAUUACAUGGUGGACCCCAUUAUGUACAAACUGCUGGCUUGCUACAUGUUUUUCCUGAUCUGCACUGGAACUCCCAUCAACGGUCUGACAUUGCUGGUAACAUUUCAGAACAAGAAACUCCAGCAGCCUCUCAACUACAUCCUGGUCAACCUGGCUGUGGCCGGACUGAUCAUGUGCGCCUUCGGAUUCACCAUCACUAUAACCUCUGCUUUUAACGGCUAUUUCAUUCUCGGAGCAACUGCUUGCGCUGUUGAGGGAUUCAUGGCCACACUGGGAGGUGAAGUUGCUCUGUGGUCUCUGGUUGUCCUGGCCGUUGAGAGAUACAUUGUUGUCUGCAAACCCAUGGGAAGCUUCAAGUUCACUGGAACUCACGCAGGAGCUGGAGUUCUUUUCACCUGGAUCAUGGCUUUUGCAUGCGCUGGUCCCCCACUGUUUGGCUGGUCCAGGUACCUCCCUGAGGGCAUGCAGUGCUCCUGUGGACCUGACUACUACACCCUGGCCCCAGGCUUCAACAAUGAAUCAUAUGUCAUGUACAUGUUUGCCGUCCACUUCUUCUUACCUGUCUUCGUCAUCUUUUUCACUUAUGGAAGCCUUGUGCUGACAGUCAAAGCUGCUGCAGCCCAGCAGCAGGAGUCAGAGUCCACCCAGAAGGCUGAGAGGGAAGUGACACGUAUGUGUAUCCUGAUGGUCUGUGGCUUCCUGGUAGCUUGGGUUCCAUAUGCCUCUUUUGCCGGCUGGAUCUUCCUGAACAAGGGAGCUGCCUUCACCGCCCUGACUGCAUCCAUCCCUGCCUUCUUUGCAAAGAGCUCAGCACUGUACAACGCACUUAUCUAUGUGCUGAUGAACAAACAGUUCCGUAACUGCAUGCUGAGCACUAUUGGAAUGGGCGGCAUGGUGGAGGAUGAGACCUCAGUUUCUACCAGCAAGACAGAAGUGUCCUCUGUCUCUUAAACAUAGAGACAUUUUCAUUUACCUGGACAUUUUCCUUUUUACUGUCUCUUUAAUCUGGAAUAAUCCUAAAUGUGGACUGAGUCAAGUUCAGGGACGUCUGAACUACAUGACCAGUGAUGAAUGGCUCCAGGAAUAAAACUCAUGAACUGCAUUUUUUUUCACCUUUUGUUUGAAGGGUGUUGGAAAUCAAUGUGAAUUCAAAAUCACUGCAAAUAAUGGUAAGAUCUGUAAACACAUGUAUAUGGAUGCUCAUUUUGACUCCCUGAGGCAUAGAUAUCCCUGAGAUGUUUGAGCUUUUUGGCACCACUGAAUCUACAUUACACCCUUAAAAAAACAUAUGUUUCAAAGCCACAACAUUUGUUUUAUUUAUUUAUUUUUUACAUC